AUUACACUGUCACUUUUAUACGUCUUAGUGCUGGGAUGCUGCAAGUUCAAUUUUUCGGGGUAUCUAUCCCGGUUAGUUUCGGGAGAGGCUCCUGCAGCCAGAGUGCUUCCUCUCUCUCCUGGUCUUUUCAGACAUCCGUGGGGCUUAGCAUGUGGCCUGCCAGCUUUCUCUAGAACACGGGCAUCCGACUUCCUCCCAUCUUCUGCAUUCAUUGGACAUGUCGGAUCCUAAGCGCACAGCAGUAUUGUUCGCACUCUCCAACUGGAACAGACGCAAUGCCUAAUAAAUUCCAGGACCUCCAUACUGUUGAUGAUGUCAGUUAUCCCUACGUCUUUGAGCAGAAUGCUACGGUCAACCUCAAGUCCGGCGGUGUAGUCCGCUGCAAUAUAUAUCGGCCCAUGAAGGGCGGUCCUGUCCCGGUUUUGGUCACCUACGGUCCGUACGGCAAGGAUAUUCACUACAAGGACUUCAGCUCGAAAUACUCCGAAGUGAAUCCUCGUCAUAAGUCCGCCCAUUCCGCCUGGGAGACGCCCGAUCCCGGCUUCUGGACCGAGCAUGGCCUCGCCGUGGUACGCGCGGACGAGGUGGGCCUGGGCCAGUCUCCCGGGAUGCUUGACACUAUGUCGCGGGCGACUACGGACGCAUUCGUUGACGUUGUCGAGUGGGCCGCUGAGCAGCCGUGGUCUUCAGGCAAGAUUGGCCUCUUGGGCGUUAGCUACUACGCUGGAAGCCAAUGGCGCGUAGCUGCCCGGAAACCUAAGGGACUCGCGGCAAUCAUCCCGUGGGAGGGAAUGUCUGACUACUAUCGAGAUCGGUGCCGCCACGGCGGAAUCCUGUCCAACGGUUUUAUCAAAUUCUGGUGGGAUAGGCAGGUCGUCACAAACCAAUAUGGCCGCCCAGGCAGGGCCGCUUCAAACUGGGGGCCGGAUACGAUUGAAGGGGACCUCUCAGAAGAAGAGCUCGCCGCCAAUCGCCGAGAUCAGACUAUCGACAACCGGAAGCACCGAUUCCGCGACGAACCAUACUACGCGUCCAAGGAGUACGACAUGGGUGACAUCGAAGUGCCCCUACUCUCUGUGGGCAACUGGGGUGGCAUCCUGCUCCACCUCCGGGGCAACGUCGAGGGCUUUGUCCACGCCAGCUCCGAGUUCAAGUACCUCCGCAUGAUCACCGGCCGACACGACCUCCCUUUCUACUAUGACGAAGAGGUCGAGGUGCAGCGCAGCUUUCUCGACGCCUUCCUCAGGGCCGAGGACCGUGUCGGCUGGUCGCAGCCCGGCACGGUCCGCCCCGUGAGUCUGGUCCUCCGCAAAGGCAACGUCGGCUUCAACAACCCCGAAGCAGAGAAGGCCUACCAGCGCCGCGAGGAGAACGAAUGGCCCAUCGCGCGCACCCGGUACACCCGCUACCACCUCACCCCGGAUCUCACCAUGCACGCCGACCCGGCCGGCACCAUGCCCAAGAGGAACAAGCUGACCUACCACGCGCUGGGCACGAUCGAAAACCCGCACUUUCUCCAGUUUGUGACACCUCCGUUCGAGCGCGAGACGGAGAUCACGGGCCACGUCGUGGCGCAUCUCAACGUGUCGGCCUCGCCCGACCCGUCCUGCCCCACCGUUCCCUCGGACAUCGACCUGUUCCUGACGCUGCGCCACCUCGGCGCGGACGGUAACGGGAUCUUGUACACAGGCACGGCGGGCGACCCCGUGCCGCUGACCAAGGGCUGGCUGCGGACGUCGCUGCGGCGGGUCAACGCGGCGCACCCCAGGCACCGCGACUGGCUCCCCCACCGGGACUACACCAGCCGCGACGUGCUGAGCGUCAUACCCGGCGAGGUCUACGCGGUGGACGUGGAGGUGUGGCCGACGAACGUUGUCGUCGAGGGCGGAGGCCGGUUGGUGCUGGAGGUCAGCUCCGGGGACACGCAGGGGAGCGGCAUCUUCUUGCACGAUGAUCCCGUGGAUCGGUAAGAUCUCUCUUGUUGAAUGGGAUUUCCUUAGUUCGUACUUCUUUGUGACAGAGAUUUCGGAAUGCUGACGUGUUUGCAUCGACAGGUCACCCGAGGUAUUCCAGGGGUUUAACCACAUCCAUUUCGGGCCGCAGUUUGAGAAUUAUGUCACCCUCCCGAUCAUACCUCCCAGGGAAGAUUGAUGGGCGUAGUAAAAGUGAAGAUGGGAGGUAAAUUCGGUGUCGUGGGGUUUUAGCUGUCGUGGGGUUUUAGCUGUCAACAAAGCUGAGGCAACGUUGUAUGGGACUCGGUUUGAGCUAGAGACUUAAAGCAGAAGUAGUGCUAUUGUCAUGAUAAUACUAUUAACCUUUGAAUUUCUAUUGUCA